AUGCUUUUCAUUGAGUGCUGCUUUCAGUUGCCGGAAUUUGGAGCACUACUUGUUGGAAUUCAUCAUUUGGUUUUCCAGAAGGAGCUCAUGAUAGAAGACUCCCUUCCAAUCCCAUCAUAUACACGACAUCUCCUUUAUGGGAUGAAUAUUGGUUUUUGUUGUGGUUGGUGGUGGUUCAUUUGCAGGCCCCACAGGCUCUUCCAUUCCACCUUAUUGUACAGUAUCCACUUUUUGUUGCUUGUCACAAUUUGUUUCAAAACUGGAGCAUUUUCCUUAUGUGUAAGUGGGGAGUGGCAUGCAGAAAUAUGA